AUGACCAGCCUUCCGGACUCGGAAAAAGACGCCGGCGGCCGCGGCGAUGGUGCGGUCUCGGACUCGACCGCCACCACCAUAUCCGCGCCUGGCGAAGGCACGGUGACGGCGCCACCACUCACUAGUGGCCUGGCAACUGCCAUCAUCCCGCCCGAGGAGGGCGUCCGCGGCUGGAUAUGUGUUGUCGGUGCCUGGAUCUGCCUCUUCUGCACCUUCGGUUUCCUCGCCGCCAUCGGCGUCUUCCAGACCGUCUACGAGCAGACCACGCUGCGCAACUACUCGUCGUCGGACAUCGCGUGGAUCUUCUCGGUACAGCUGGCCCUCAUGUGGGCUCCCGGCCCCCUCUUCGGCCGGCUCAUCGACACCUUCGGCCCGGCACCCGUGCUCUACCCGGGCGCCGUCCUGUGUGUGUUUGCGCUGUGUAUGACCAGCCUCGCCGACAAGUACUACCAGAUCUUCCUGAGCCAGGGCCUCGUGUUCGGCGUCGGGUCCGGUGCCGUGUUCACGGCCGGGCUCGUCUGCGUGGGGCAGUGGUUCGUGAGGCGGAGGGGCUUGGCGUCCGGCAUCGCCGCGUCCGGGAGCAGCAUGGGCGGCGUCAUCUUCCCCAUCUUCCUGAACCGAGUCCAGGCCGACAUCGGUUUACCCGGCGCGUUGCGAUACAGCGCUCUCAUGAUUGGUAUCUUGCUGGCUGCUUCCGUGUUCAUGGUGCGCGCGCGGCUGCCGCGUAAGAAGUGGGAUCCCAAGGUGAAGUGGUUUGAUGUCGCUUUGUUCGGUCAAAAGGAGUUUGGACUCUACUCGGCUGGGACGUUCUUGACUAUGUGGGGGCUAUGGGGUCCAUUCGACUUUGUCUCGAGCAUGGCUCUGGAGCAGGGGUUCUCGCCAGACCUGGCACUCGGACUGGUGUCCAUCAUCAAUGCCACAUCAAUCCCCGGUCGUGUUCUGCCACCGUUUUAUGCCGAUCGUAUCGGCUGCUUCAAUGUGAUCACAGGCUGCUCACUCAUGACUGGUGCAUCAAUCCUCGCGCUGUGGCUACCGUUCAACUACCACCCGUCGCACGCUGGAAUAAUCGUUUUCUCCGCCGUCUAUGGGUUCGCAAGUGGUGCCUUCGUCUCUCUGCUAAUGCCAUGUGCCGCCAAGGCGGGUAGCAUUGAGACCAUUGGCCAGCGCUUCGGAACCUUUCAGGUCGUCAUGGCCCUAUCUACUCUGACAGGCUUGCCUAUCAUGGGAGCCAUCCUGGGCCGCCAGCACAAUAAUGACUUCUCAGGAUUGCAACUGUUCUCGGGAGUGUCGUGCUUGCUUGGAGGGGUGCUGCUUAUUGGAGCUACCUAUUUCCUGCGUCGUCAUUUUGGAACGUGGAAGACGUAG